GGGGAAGCUGGCGGGAAAUUUCUCAGCGCACGGGGCUGUGCGGCAACAACCAGAAGAGAAGCAAUGAGAUGGUACAUCGUCGUCGUUGUCAACGACGCACCGGUUCGCCUGCUACAUUCAAAAAUAGACUCUCUGAGGCGGCUUGCUGUUGAUGCUGCAAGCUCGGGGCUGUGCAAGAGUGCCGUAGCAAACACGCCCGAAGCUUUAGUGUGGGCUAGUCAGUGCGGCGAUGUCGACGACGAACGACGUUACGAGGGGGCAGCGGCGCCGGUGGCUGCUUAACUGCGGCUGCUACGCCCUGCUGCUGCUCCUGCUGACGGCGAGCUGGCCCGGGCCCGUCGGGGCAGCGCGUGCCGACAAAUCAGUUACGAAUUCAGCCACCAGUGCCAAGGACGGACACGGGUCCACCAAGUCGGGGGGCCGUCACGCCGAGCCCGUCAUCGAGGAGGUCACCAGCAAGCAGCUCGAAAAGCUACUCAAGGAAAAAGAUUAUGUCGCCGUCUAUUGGUAUGCCCGAAGUUGCACAACUUGUGAUAAAGUCUUAGCGGAAUUAGAAAAAAUAGAUGAUGAUACGGAUAAUUUUGGUGUUGAUUUUGUUAAAAUCAAUGACAAACGGUUGGCCAAACAGUAUGGUAUUAAAACUUUUCCAGCUCUUACUUAUUUUAGAGAAAAAGAACCAAUCAUUUACGAAGGAGAUCUGAUGGACGAAGAGAACGUACUGGAAUUUUUGACAAGCUUAGAAGCAAUGGAUCUACCAGACCGAAUCGAGGAAGUUAAUGCUAAAAUCCUCAAUAAAAUAAUUGAAGACUCAGAUUUUGUAGCUGUCCUGUUUUGUCCGGAAUCGGAGAGGUGUGCUGGUUCUGAUUUUAAUAAACCAGAAUGUAAAAAAUGCGCUAAAGCUCUUCAAGAAUUGGAAAAUAUUGAUGACGAGGCGGAUCAACUGGGAAUUGGAUUUGUAAAGAUUGCAGACGAACGACUCGCCGAGGAGUACAAUCUCGGAUCACUUCCGAAACUUGUCUACUAUAGACAUCAAAUACCAAUCAUUUACGAGAGCGAACUUAGCCGUGAAGAAGAUGUGUUAGAAUGGCUGGUAGCAAACAAAAGUACUGGCGACGAAGAGGAUGUUAUAGAGGAUGUAACGUCAAAAACUCUUCAUACAUUAAUUGAAAGCAUCGAUAAUUUAGUAGUACUAUUUUAUCAUCAUGAUGAUGAAGAAUCCAUGCAAGUUCUUUCAGAGUUAGAAAAUAUUGACGAUGAUUGUGAUAAACAUGGAAUUCAAUUUGUAAAAAUUGAUGAUAAAAAGGCAGCCAAAGAUUUUGGAAUAGAUGAUAUCCCAGGAAUCGUGUAUUUUGAAAAGCAAGUUCCAAAUGUUUAUGAUGGUGAUUUACAAAAAGAAGAAGAAAUAUUAGAAUGGUUGCUAUCGCAACUCGAAAAAGAUGAAAUUGAAGAUGUCACUGACGAAAUGCUGGAUACUCUGGUGAAAGAAGGAAAAACUUUAGCGGUUCUUUUUUAUGACAAUAACGACCGUAAAUCUCAACGAGUACUGGCUGAACUUGAAAAUAUAGACGAUGAAUGUGAUUCAUUAGGAAUAAUUUUCGUCAAAAUUGAUAACGUAGAUGAAGCAAAAGAGUACGGAAUUGAUAAGAUGCCAAGUUUAAUUUAUUUUGAAAAGGGUAUACCAACCGUUUAUGAAGGCAAUUUAGAAGACGAGGAAAAGGUACUAAAAUGGCUUGACAGUCAAUCAAAAAGUGAUCACAUUGAAGAUAUAACAGAUGAAAUGUUGGAUAUGGUCAUCGAAAAAAUGCCUUAUGUGGCAGUUUUAUUCUAUGAUAAAGAUCAGAAGAAAAGUGCAAAAAUCUUAGCUGAACUUGAAAAUAUCGACGAUGAUUGUGAUGAACAUAAUAUUGCUUUUGUAAAAAUUCACGAUGCCGAAGAAGCAAAAGAAUAUGGAAUUGAUGAACUGCCUACUUUAGUUCUCUUCGAAAAAAAAAUUCCACACAUUUAUGACGGAGAUUUAAUGAAUGAAGAUCAGCUAUUAGGAUGGUUACUGCAUCAAAAAAAACAUAGUGAAAUUCCAGAAAUAACCGAUGAAAUGAUGGAAAAACUUAUUGAAACUACACCUUAUUUAGCAGUUUUAUUUUAUGACAAAGAUGAUAAACAAGACAUCAGAGUAUUAAACGAAUUAGAAAAUAUUGAUGACGAUUUAGAAAAAGAAGGAAUUGUACUUGUUCGAAUGGACAACGAUGCUGAAGCUAAAGAAUACGGUAUAGAUCAUCUUCCAACCCUCGUAUAUUUUGAGGAUAAGAUUCCUGCAUUGUAUGAGGGUGACCUUAUGAAUGAAGAUGAAGUUCUCAAAUGGCUCGUAGAACAGAAACAUUCAGCAACUAUAGAAGAAGUUACAGAUGAAAUACUUUCAGACUUGAUAGAAGACCAUGAAUAUGUGGUCGUUUAUUUUAGUGGCAAUUGCGAUGAAGGUGAUGCUUGCGAAAAAGUAUUACAAGAACUCGAAAAUAUCGACGAUGAAUUAGAUGAAGCUGGUAUUGUUUUCGUCACUACAGAAGAUACAAAUUUAGCCAAAAAGCAUGGAAUUAAAAACUUACCAAGUCUGGCAUUUUUCCGAAAUAAAGAAUUGCUUCUCUUCAAGGGCGAUAUUGAAGAUGAAGAUGAAGUUCUAUCUUGGCUUACCGAUGAAAACACUCUGGAAAUUCCAGGAAAAAUCGAAGAAGUUAAUGGAAAAAUGUUGGAAAACAUUUUGGAAGAAAAUGAUUAUGUUGUAGUAUUUUUCUAUAAAGAAGGCGAUAAAAAAAGCCAAAAAAUUUUGCAAGAAUUAGAAAAUAUUGAUGAUGAAUGCGAGGAGAAAGAUAUUGAUUUUGUAAAAAUAUCAGAUGAAGGCAUUGAAGCAGAAUACGAUCUUCCGGGAUUACCAGCUUUAGCGUUUUAUAGACAUAAAUUUCGACAAAUUUAUACAGGGGAUCUGAUGCACGAAGAAGAAAUUUUAAAAUGGGUCCUUGAUCUUCGCACAUCAACGCCAGACGUAAUCGAAAGUGUAGAUCGGAAAACGCUUCAGGUACUCAUUCACGACGUCGAACACCUGGCUGUAUUUUUCUACGGCGAUGAUUGUGAGUCUUGCAAAGAAAUUUUAGAAGAACUUGAAACAAUUGACGAUGAUACAGAUAAACAUGGUAUUCAAUUUGUCAAAUCAAAGGACUCAAAACUAGCUGCAGAAAUAGGAAUUUUUUCGGUACCAGCUUUAGUGUAUUAUGAAACUGGAGUUCCAAUUAUGUAUGACGGUAAUCUUCUCGACGAAGCUGAAGUACUGGAUUGGAUGACAAAACAAAAAAAUGAUAAAAGUAUUGAAGAAAUUGAUCGGGAAACUCUCAAUAAGUUCAUUGAAACCAAGGAAUUUCUAGCCGUCAUUUUUUAUAAAGAUGACGAUCCAGAAAGUCCAAGAAUCCUAAGACAUAUUGAACUAAUCGACGACGAAGCUGUAGAGUAUGGAAUAAAAAUUGUAAAAAUGAGCGAUCGACUAAUGGCAAAAAAAUAUGGAUUCCGAAAUCCACCCGGAAUCACUUAUUUCCGAAAAGGUAAAUACAUAAAUUAUGACGGCGACAUUGACGACGAGGAAGAAAUACUCGAUUGGUUAACAAACCCAGAAAACAUGGAAUUAAAUGAUCAUAUCGAACGCGUUAAUAGAAAAAUGUUCAAGAAAAUUCGCCAAAAUUCUGAAUACGUAGCUGUAUUUUUCUAUAGCAAUGAUUGUAAACAGUGUGGUCGAGUUUUGAGUGAAAUUGAACAUAUUGACGACGAAGCUGAUGGCGCUGGCAUAAAUUUUGUUAAAAUAGAUGACAAGCAAAUGGCCAAAGAAUAUGGAGUUUUUGCACUCCCUGGAAUUCUUUUUUUUAAACUGGGCUCAAAAGAACCAGUUAUUUAUGCAGGGGAUCUUUAUGAUGAGGAUCAAAUUUUACAGUGGUUGAUGACGCAAAAAGAUCCAUCAGGUGAAAUGAUUGAAGAUUUAGAUGGUGAAGAUUUAUUACACUUGAUUCGAGAAUCACAGUCACUUGCUGUAUAUUUUUGGAACAAAACUUUCUGCGAUAUAUGUCAAUCAAAAAGCUAUCGCAAGCAGAAACGGCAUAAACAAGAACAGAAGACAACUGAAAAUGAGACGAACGAAGAGACUACUGAUGAUACCGAUGAUUGCGAACAUUGUGCUGGUAUUCUUGAAGAAUUAGAAAAUAUCGACGAUGAUUGCGAUAGACAUGGAAUCACCUUCAUCAAAACUCAGGAUUAUAAAGUCGCUGAAGAUUAUGGAGUAAUGGAUUUUCCUGUUUUGGUAUACUAUGAAAAUCAAAUUCCAAGUGUUUUCGAAGGAAAUUUAUCAGAAGAAGAAGAAGUUUUACAAUGGUUAAUUACCCAAAAAACCGAAGAUCGUAUUGAAUUAAUAACUCGAACUAUGCUGGAAUCGUUCGUUGAAGAUACUCAAUAUUUGGCUGUAUACUUUUAUAAACAGAAUUGCUUCAUUUGCGACGAAAUUUUAGAAGGCUUAGAGAAAAUUGACGAUGAAUGCGACGUUUUUGGAAUACAUUUAGUAAAAAUACAAGAUAUACAAUUAGCUAAAAGAUACUCUAUUAAAACUUUCCCAGCUUUAGUUUACUUCAGAAAUGGAAAUCCAUUAUUAUUUGAAGGUGAUUUGCAAAAUGAAGAAUCGGUUCUGGAAUGGCUAAUCGACGAUGAUAAUCGUGAAUUAGCCGAUGAAAUUGAAUCAGUAAACGCAAGAAUGUUAGAAAGACUCCUCGAUGAAUCUCCUUUCUUAGCCGUUUUCUUCUAUGACGAAGACUGUCCAGAAUGCGAUGACAUCAUGGAAGCUUUAGAAAAGAUCGACGGAGAGGCUGACUUGUUCGGGAUUGACUUCGUCAAAGUUUCAGAAGUGGAAGCCACUGAAAAAUAUGGCAUUAUAAAUGUACCUUCAUUGGUUUACUUCCGAAAGAAAGUACCCCUAGCCUACGACGGAGAUCUUACCCAGGAAGAUAAAAUUUUGCAAUGGCUCACGUCCCAAGACGUUUUCGAAAUCAAAAAUGAAAUUGAAGAAGUAAAUAAGAAAAUGUUAGAUAAGCUUCUCGACGAAAAUGAAUAUUUGGCAGUAUUUUUCUACGAGCACGGAACUAAAGAAAGUGACGAAGUAAAUGAAAAAUUGGAGAAUAUCGACGGUGAAACUGAUAAUUUAGACAUUACUUUUGUAAAAAUGGCCGACCCACGAUAUGCAAGAAAGUGGGGUGUAACCAAACUUCCAGCUUUGGUUUAUUUCCGCAAACGGUUUCCAAGUAUAUACAGAAAUGAUUUGAAGAACGAAAACGAAGUACUGGAAUGGUUGCGCAAAAAUCGUUUUAGACAACCUGAUCUGAACAUAUACAUGUACAUGCUGAUAGCCGUCGCAGUGCUAUACGCCAUGUAUACGUUUUUCUUAUUAACGUGCUUCAAAACAGAACAACCAGCUCCUGUAACUCACCCAAAGCAAACGUGAAAAACUCAUAAAGUAUCUUAUUCGUGACUAAAUCGACAUUGGUGAUCAUAACUGAAUAUUCCUUUGAACAUUUAUCUUUCUUUUUAAAUUACUAUGGGAAUAUUAAAAUAUUACCUUCGUUUGAAGGUAAUUGAAUUACGACAUAAUAUGAUAUUCAACAUAAUAAUGAUGGUGCCUUUAUCCGUUGUUCUAGUCAAAUGUUUUAAGAGAUUUGACGAAUAAAUUGAGUGUACCAAUUAUAUGACAAUAGUCAUCUGCUGAUGAAUUAAAAUUACCUCCUAAAAACGUUUUUUCAUUUUUAUUGAGUAUUGACUUUUAAAAGUAUAAUAUAUAAUUCGAGUGCACAAAAUAAAUCGAAUAAAAUAUUGUAAAAGUAAUUGGUAUUGAAAUAGAAAAUAUUCGAAACUAUUAAAACAACUUUGGGACCAUCACUCUGACUUAUAGAUUAUACAGCUAUUUUGUUCAAAGUUUGGUAUAUGAAAACUUAAUCAACAGUUAAAGCUGUUAAUUGAUUCAUAAAAAAUUAAAUGAAAUGAAAUAAGCUUUUCCUGAAAAUCGAUUAAAUAUAAAUUAUUCAUUCAUUCACACACAAGAGUACUGGAAGAAAAAUACAUACUCAUACGUAUGAAGUAGACUGGUUGUAAAAAUUUAAUUCCUUGAAAUAUCGUUUUCGUACCUUGAAUUACAAGUUACUGUUAUAAUCGUUGAGGAGUCUUCUCAAAAAGGCAUAAAAUAUUACUAUAAUUCAAAAACUUUUAAUUUGUUGAUAAAGAGUCAAAAGUAAUACAAUUUAAUUAGUUGUUUUUCAAAUAUACUUGAUUAAAAGUUAUCUAGAUUCUAUGGAAAUUCUAAGAGAAUUUUUCAACGGUUUUCGCUACUUUUUCCAGUAACCUGAUGUUUCAUAGUACUUAAUCGACAACUUUAAUUAAGUCAAUUUAGGAUAUAACAGCCGCUCUAGCAUACUUAAAUUUCUGUAAAAUGGCACUAGUAAAAUUAUAGUUUUUGAACUCAAAAUACGUAGUAGAUAUUUUCGAUUUCAUGUGAAAGUAAAGUAAAACUAUUUAUAAACCCGACUCCUAAUUACUUGUUAUUGGGCUUAUUUUUCAUUGCUUUUAUUAGAUGUCAGUAAACGAAAAAAAAUUAUAAUUAAUUGUCACACAACAUGUUUUCUAAUAUAAUUUGUCAGAUACUUUGAAAGUAAACUAUUGUCAAUCCUUUGGGUAAUGAAGAAUUCAAAUAUUUCAAUAGAUAUGAAGACAUUUCUUUUGCAACCUACCGUCUUGAAUUACAAUUUUGUAAAACAUAAGUGCCAAUAAUGCAGUUUUUAUGAAUGAAUGGUUAUACUUUCUGAAUCUGUUACGAAGGAUAUGAUUUCAUAAAACUAGAAUGAAAUUUUUCGUGAGUAUUGAGAUUAUAUGUAAUUUUUUGAAAAAAUAUACAAAGUGACCGAAGAUAUGUAUAUGAAAUUCUCACCUUAAUAUUAUCUUUGAAUCUUAUAGAUACUAGAAAUGUACACAUGAACUUUUUGUUCAUUUUUUGUAUGUUAGAAUGUAAUUUAUAAAUAUUUUGUACUUACAAUUGCAAAAAUUGAAUGCAUAAUGCUAGAUGAUCUGAUGAACUGAUGUUCAAUACUAGAUUCAAUGUCACACAAAGAUCCAAAUAAAACCAAAAACGAACACGACAACUUCAAAAAAUAAGAUUACCAAAAUAAUAAAUAUUUUACUAAAAUUUUAAGAAAAUUAAAAAGCGGAAUGAUUUAAACUUAAUAAACACUUAAAAUUAAUUUCAUUCAGAGUUUUGAUCAUUUAAUUAAUAUUUCUUUGAACAAUUUACAUGAAUCAAUCCAUUGUAAAAUUUAUUUUUGUGAAAAAAUUUUGAAUUAUCUCAAUAAAUUAAAAAAAAAUAAGCUAUAGUUUAUGCUACAGCUCACAAAAUCAAUGUACAAAGAUUCAUUAAAAGAUUCAAAAUAUCUUAAAGAUAGUUUUAGUAAAAAAUAUAUCAUGUAAAUAUACUGACACCACUCAACUGUAUAAAUGUCCAAUAGUUGUAAGUUUGUUGACUACUGAAAUAAACUUUAUUUGUAUAAAUCUUA